AUGGCUAAUAAAGAGUUCAAUUCUGAACCUGGGUAUGAGUACGAGGCAUCUUAUAUGGACUGCUCUACACCAAGACUCAUUGUCAUAUGUUUGGUAAGUAUAAACUUCUAUCCAUUUUCAGAUAAAGAGUUCAAUUCUGAACCUGGGUAUGAGUACGAGGCAUCUUAUAUGGACUACUCUACACCAAGACUCAUUGUCAUAUGUUUGUUAUGUGGUUUUGUGGAGCUGAAGUCUUACUACCACUUUAUGAGUCAUGACAAAGGAAAGGCACAUUACAAGAAGCGAGCAUCUGUGCAACAAAUGUCAGUCCAACCACCUCAACCUGCAAAAGGAGUGAGCGGUGUAAAACUGGGAAUGUUUUAUAAAAGUUUCCCCACGGGAAGCCUCGAGAAGGAAAUAAUUGAUUCAACCGUCCCUAUUAUUGGUGUGAGCUUCAUUUUCAAGGAGAUUUACUACAACCAGAUGACUUUCUCGUGCCAACUUUGCCAGAUGAGUCGCAUCAACCAGGAGAAUAUGCUCACCCACCUCAAGUCAUACGAGCACACCAACAGAUAUGUGGAGGUUAAGUUUCAAGAAAAGUUGACCAAGGCUGAACUAAAAGUCAGAAGAAAAGAGAUCAUGGAACUAGAGGGAAAGCUUCACCAUCCUAUUAAAGAUUUCAGUAACCACCUUCCCUUAGAACUACAGUGUGGUUCAUCACUAAGCAGCCUGUGUGAAGAUGUAGCAGAUGUUUCCUUGCAUUCCAAGUCAAGGACAUGUUUGAGCGUGUGUACGUCUCUGCCAGUGGACACGACUCUCACAGACAAGCAGAAACAACGUGCCAAAAGCUUUCCUCCAAAACUUCUCAAAUUUAUCACUGAGGUAAUAGAGUAAUACAAAAUAUUUUAAUCUU